AUGCAGCUGAUGCUUCUGGAGCAGCAGAAUAAACGUCGCCUGCUCAUGGCUCGUCAGGAGCAAGACAGCAUUACCCGAGGCGAUGGUCAACCAGGCAUGCCUGGGCAGCCUAACCUACCCCCCGGCACAUCCCCGCAGGGCAGUCGGGCCGGCGCAUCCCCGAACCCGAAUGAUCAGAUGAAGAGAGGCACCCCGAAGAUGCCUCAGUCUGGUCUACCUGGCUCUCCUUCUGUUGGUGAUGCGAUGGCCCAGGGUCGCAGCUCUCCUGCGUCAAUGAACUUUGGUGGCCAGAUGCCGCAAGAAAUGGGCGGGGCAUUUUUCAUGAACAAGAAUAUGCCAGAAGGUGUCGUUCAGAAUGGAAUGAGACCGCCAAGUUCGAACCCGGCAUUCAGCGGCCCUCAAAUGGCCCAACCUAUGGAUGCCAUGUCGCGACCGCAAGGGCCUGGCGCUGCUGGCAAUCGAAUGCCAAGUGGCAACUGGCAGGGCCAAGGACCCCAAGGGCAACCCAUGAUCCAACAGCAGCAAGUGGGUCAGCCGCCCCAGCCUGCGGGAACCCCACAAGAGCGCAACGCUAUGCCACCUCCUCAAGCGCCCCCAGCCGGCGUCGCUGGUGCAGGCCGGGCACAACCUUCCUCUCCCCAAUCUGGGGCGGCUCCUCCAACUCCACAGCAGUCCAAUAAGCCAGCUCCCAAGGGGAAGAAGGAACCAAAGGAAAAUCCAAGAAAGCGGCCUCCAAAGAAACCGUCUACAGCCAACGCGUCGAAUACCGCCGCGACUCCAUCGUCGGAAGCCGAACCACCCCCAACUCCCACGCCACCUACUCCUAUCACCCCUGUCCAUCCGAACUCAUUCAACAAGAACACGACGAACCCAACUACAAACGCUCCCCAACCCACCUCCGCACCCGCUGCGCAAAAUCUUAUUCAACAACAACAAGAUCCUAACCAGACAUUCGACAUGAAUCUUUCAGAUACCAACAAUUACAACCUCGACUUCACCGCUUUGGACAAUCCGGAUAUCCUAGAGAACUUCGACUUUGACUCGUUCCUAAACACAGAUGAUCCGAAUGGAUUCGGUUUCGACCCGAAUAUCCCAUACCCGGCCGAUGGUGUUGAAGCGGGUGCUGGAGAUGGCUUGUAA